AUGCUUCACUUCACUUGGCCUGGGUCUUUCACCCUCGCGCAGCUCAACCCAAUUCCGCAAAAGUACCGGCCGAGUCGGAAACUGCGCUUACGGCAAAAGGCGAAAUCGAGUGCCGCCGCCUUGGACGAUGUCACCAGGAUCGAGACGUCUUUCAACGUAUUAGAUAGCUUGAGGGCACUGCGUCUGCAUAAAUGGCGGCUUUACGACCUCCAGCAUAUCGUCGUGCUCGGAUACAUCAUAUUCUCGCUGUGCAUCAUGCCAUCGGCGCCGCUCAUCAAAACAGGUGCCAUGGUGGUUCUGGCAGCGCUUCUCCUCAUGCCCAUUACCCAGCAAUUCUUUCUUCCAUCUCUUCCGAUAUGGACGUACCUCCUGUACUUCUUCUCGAGCCGAUUUAUCGCGCCCGAGUAUCGGCCCCAUAUCUGGGUCAAGGUCCUCCCUGCGCUCGAGAACGUGCUCUACGGAGCGAACCUGUCCAACAUUCUUUCAGCCCACAACCACCCGUUCCUCGAUAUAUUAGCCUGGCUGCCGUACGGAAUCGGACACUUCACGCUGCCCGCCAUUUGCAGCGUUUUCAUCUUCCUCUUUGCUGCGCCCGGCACGACCCCGGUGUUCGCCCGAGCAUUUGGGUACAUGUGCAUGUUGGGGGUUACGAUCCAGCUAAUAUUACCCUGCACACCACCCUGGUAUGAGAAAACGCACGGGCUCGAGCCUGCUCACUAUGGGAUGGAAGGAUCUCCGGCCGGGUUAGCGCGAGUGGACGAGCUUUUUGGGGUGGAUAUGUAUACCACGAGCUUUACGACGGCGCCGCUGCCAUUCGGCGCUUUCCCGAGCCUUCAUGCUGCCAACGCGGUGCUGGAAGCAUUGUUCAUGCAACACUGCUUCCCACGCUUCCGGAGCUUCUUCAUCCUGUACGUCUGCUGGAUUUGGUGGGCGACCAUGUAUCUCAAUCACCACUAUGCGAUAGAUCUAGUGGGCGGCAGUUUGAUUGCGGCCGCUGUGUAUUACAUUGCCCGCUCCGGAUGGCUUCCGAGGCCGCAGCUGGAUAAGACGACGCGUUGGGAGUAUGAGUAUGUCGAAUUCGGCGACCGGCCCAAGAUGAUCGAUGAGGAGUACGGGUACGGCUAUGCGAAUGGGUACGGCCUCGGAGUCCUCGAGAAUUGGGCUGUAAGCGACAGCGAUGAGUGGACGCUGGGCAGCAGCUCCAGCUUCGACUCGAUGAGCCACGGGGAGACGGUCUGCGGCAGCAGCAGCAGCGGUACGCCGGGAAUCCUGAGUCCAACCACGCCACCCGACGAUUUUCGGCACUCGAUAAUCGGCUUGGCGCCCCAAGGAGAUGCCUGGAACGGCGAAAGGCUUAGCAGGGAGAGCGAGUUGAGCGAGGUUGUCAUAAUCAGGUGA